AUGAAUUGUUGGGUGUCGCCCACAAUAAGACGGCUGCUUAUCGGUCACGCCUGCACUCCAGUAUAUCUCAGUGAAUUGAGAAUAAGGGACCACUCCAUGUAUGAAUGUGGUCUUGACGAAGGUCCAUGUAUGAAUGUGGUCUUGACGAAGGUCCAUUAUAUCAUAUUACUAGUACCGAUAUUAGUAUUUGAAAUAGCAAUCACUGUUCUUGCAUUCGAUCUUCAAUAUAAUUCUUACUAUGAUAUAAAUAAUAACAUGUAUAUAAACAAUCCUUCUAUUUCGUAUGUAAAAGCCAAUUGGGAUGAUAUGCAAAGAGAGGUUAGUACCAAGAGACGUGAAAUAUUACUUUGCUGUGGUUUCUACGGACAGUAUUUCAUGGUGCUGGAAAAUUUGCCUAUCAGCUGCUGCUCAAUACCUGUCGGUGCUCGGUCACCCUUCGAAUGCACGACUCGUAAUUCUUACUAUGAAAGGUGCGAUGAAAAACUGUCUUGGAUGAUGGACGACAACGCUUAUAAUAUUGGAGUUACUGGAGCAGUGCUCACUUGCGUUCAGGGAAUAAUUAUCGGUGUAGCUGCUUGGAUAUCGUAUAAACUGAAGUACAAGAAAGAAAUACCUUUCGAUGAAUUCGGAAAUGUUAUUCGGGACUCGCGGAAGAUAGCGCCACCAAGUCCAGUGGUAGUUGACUACUCAAAGUAUUAG